AUGUUUAAUAUUGAGAAAAUUUCAGAGCAGAAGCGCAACCACAAAGCAGCAUAUCUGAUACAGCCACCGCCCUCCAACAUCGACGCUAGACCAUUUAAUGGACAUUGCCUUGGAUUUAAAGAUUUUCGGGACACUUAUUAUCACUUGGGACAUAUCUGCAUUGACGAUGCAAAAAUAGCAAAGCUACAGGCUAUUAUUGAAGAGACAUCGGAAAGAAGGAAGCUCGGGGAUGAGCAAAGUAACUCUAAACGUGCAAAGAUUGGAGAAAUAGACACUAGUCGGGGAUUCGGGGGAGGGCUGCUGAAUGCCUUUUCUAGUCUUGCUGGCUGGCUGGGUAGCAGUACUUUGGGAUGGGAAGCUUUUCUAUGGAAACAACUCACCAUGUUGUAG